CACGCACGCUGUGGGCGUGUCACAUUCUCUCCAUCCCACUCCAGGCUGUCAGUUCGUCCUACCAUUGACUUUUGUAGGCCGGGGGGAGCGGGGCUGGUCGGUCCUUAUAAAGUUCCAGCAAUACCGGGGCAAUGCUACACACGGUGAGGCCCAGUACAGGCCUCCUCAGGCUCUACUCCAUGGGGUGUCUCCGCAGACUCUACCACGGAGACAAAGUGGCCACUAUCGGGUCCAAGCCAGACUCCAACUCCCCUGCUUACCAGGAGAGCUAUGAAAGGAUGAAAGCACUAGUGACGGAACUGAAAGAGAGAGCUCAAAAGAUACGUUUGGGAGGAGGGGAUAAGGCCAGAACGCUUCAUACUUCAAGGGGGAAACUGUUACCCAGAGAAAGAAUCGAUAGGCUUAUUGAUCCAGGGGUAGAGUGUCUCAUUGUAGCCAACGAUGCAACAGUGAAAGGGGGCUCUUACUACCCAAUUACCGUGAAGAAACAUCUCAGAGCACAAGAAAUUGCAAUGCAGAACCACCUCCCAUGUGUAUACUUAGUGGACUCUGGGGGAGCAAAUCUUCCUCGACAAGCAGAAGUUUUUCCUGAUCGGGAGCAUUUUGGACGUAUUUUUUACAAUCAAGCAAGAAUGUCUUCUAUGGGGAUUUCCCAGGUUGCAGUGGUUAUGGGAUCCUGUACGGCUGGUGGAGCAUAUGUCCCAGCUAUGGAUAAUGAAAGUAUAAUUGUGCGCAGACAAGGAACCAUUUUCCUGGGUGGCCCACCAUUGGUAACUAGCCCUGAAAUAGACUCUAAAAGGCAAGUGCCCAUGGCUUUUAUAUUUUAUCAGCUUGUGAAAGCAGCAACUGGAGAAGAAGUGUCAGCAGAAGAUCUGGGUGGGGCAGACCUUCACUGCAGGGGACCCACUUCAUUCAGCUUUGUUGUCAAAGAACUAUACCUCUCAUUUUCUUACAGAAUAUUACAGGUUGGCUUUAUGGUUGGCCGAGAUUAUGAAGCUGGAGGGAUAGCAAAGGACGGAGCAAAGAUGGUGACUGCCGUGGCUUGCGCUAAUGUGCCCAAAAUUGGAGGUUCUUAUGGGGCUGGAAACUACGGCAUGUGUGGGAGAGCUUAUUGUUUGUUGCUUAUAGGUGGAUUUUGUCAUUUUAACCUGUUUUAUUUUUUCUUUCUUAUUUUGGUAUUCUAUUUCCUUAUUUUUAUCUGCUUCUUUUUCAGCCCACGGUUCUUAUAUGUGUGGCCAAACGCUCGCAUCUCUGUAAUGGGUGGGGAACAAGCCGCAACUGUAUUGGCUACUAUUGCAAAAGACCAGAAAGCAAGAGAAGGGAAACAGUUCUCUGAGCAGGAAGAAACGGCUCUGAAGGAACCAAUCAUUAGCAGGUUUGAAGAAGAGGGGAAUCCCAACUAUUCAAGUGCACGAUUGUGGGAUGAUGGAAUCAUUGAUCCAGCUGAUACCAGGUUGGUUCUGGGACUAAGUCUGAGCGCAGCUUUAAAUGCAGAAAACACAAUUUGGAGUUUUUAGAAUGUGAUGAAAGUUCUGUGCGUUAUCCCAACUUUGGAAUCAAGAGAAGUGGGGAC